AUGGGGGUCUCAACAAUAACUUUGCGUGGGGCAGUAGAAGCCUCCGUGAACGCCGUUGGAGUGGGAACUCCCCACUCGGCAGAACACUGCUGCGACGAUGGUCCUCUGGUGACGCAUCCCCUGCAUAGGAGCAAACCGUUCUGGCCCCCAAAUUACCGCGUUUUGGCAUUGACGUUCGCCUCUCUGGCAGUGCUGUAUUGGGUGUUACGCUGCUUCGACCGUCUGAGGUCUGGGCGGAAGUCAGCUGGCACAUCGAGGGCGCUAGCCGACGUCAACGAAACGGCAUGCCUUGGCGACCACACACAUAAGGAGGGGGGGGAAUCUGAGGAUGGUGGGUCCCCCGAGCCGUCUCAUGAGGCCCCGCAUACGCUGCCAUCUGAGCUUCCCGCGGCCCAAGGUAUGGAAACAGCAGCGGCAAAUGAGGCGUCAGCUCACUUUCCUCAGGAAUGGUCUGAGGCGGAUGGGGAUGCCUUUUGGCAGUGGUAUCCAGAGACUGCAGGUGCUGCAAGUGCGGGGGAGCCGCCUCCUCAGUGGAUGCAAUCUCCGCAGGAGCUCCAGUUAGAUCCGUUGCAUGCCGGUGGCAUAUAUUUUCCGACUGGAGACUUACAGCAAAGUAUGGAUGAACAACCAGGUCUUGCUGCAUAUCCGCUUUUGCAAAGGGUUGUUGAUCAAGUGUCAUAUAUGCAUAUGGCAGCCGGUACAGAUACCUUCUACCCCUAUUCCCAAGAACCAAGUGACCAAGAGUCGGUCCUUCUCCCCUUCGCGUACCCUGAGGGACCAUGGUAUCAAACUCCGCAUAAUCCGAAAGACUCAGCGCAAAUGCAGUUCAAUCACGGUGGGCUGCCCCCACAUCGGGACGGCGAUUCCGCGCCUUCAGAUGAACCGCCCGACGGGGGAUCAGCUGCAGGGGGGCUUACGCAAUCCCGGAAAGUACAAUCCUUGUCACCUUCAAGCCAAGACCCCUUUGGGGAAGGGUAUUCAGGGCCCGCAGGUGAUGCAAGUGCGGCGGAGCCGUCUCUUCGGUGGACGCAACAUCCACAAGAGCUCCAGUUAGAUCCGUUGCAUGUCGGUGACAUCUAUUUUCCUCCUGGAGACUUACACCAAAGCAUGUAUGAACCACCGGAGCUUGCUGUAGAUCAGUUUCUCCAAGAGUCUGCUACUCAAGUGCCAUAUAGCUACUGGGCACCCUACGGAGAUACCUUCUACCCCUAUUCCCAAGAACUGAGUGACCAAGAGACAGUCCUUCUCCCCUUCGCGUACCCUGAGGGAGCAUGGCAUCAAACUCCACAUAAUCCGAUGGAGUCAGCGCAAGUGCAGUUCAAUAAGGGUGGGCUGCGCACUCAUCAGGACGGCUAUUCCACGGCUUCCGGUGGAGCGCCCGAUGGGGGAUCAGGUCCAAGGCACCGUUUCCGGAUUGGUGAGACGUGGAAAGAUUGGGAAGGGCGAGGGUUGCCUCCUCCAGCACGUCAGAAUGUCAUAAAUGUUCUGGACUGGAUGCAUAGAAACGCCUUCAUGUGUAACAGUGUACUUCCUUUUCUUAGCACAGACCAGGGUGGGCGUUUGGCUCUCAUCACUUUGAAGAUCUUGACCAUGGAUUUAGGGGUUUUGUGGCUUGUUCCCGAGGAUCUUGAGCCUGUUCGACAAUCUAUAGGUGACACCCUUUUAGAAUUAGUAGAAAGCACGACAACCUACCAAGGAAAAGACCAAGAAGAAAAUUACAACAUCCAAGAGGUCAGGCGCAUGUCCCCUUUGAUUAGGCAAAUCAUGCUGCGAAGAGACGAGGAGAAACCAGUACCCCCUGAAAAGCGGCCUGCCCGGACGCAUAGUAUGACGGGAUGGGUUCGGAAGAUUAACCUGUAUUUGGCAAGGAUGUUGUGGGAUUUGCCCAUGUUUGCUGAGUCCGCUUCACCUGAGGAUUUUGAGAAAGUAGUAGAGCAAGACAUUAAAGUUUUGAACGCCUUAUGGGAUCUGCAUAAGAAGUACAUCACACAAGACAAAAUCCAUCGACGUCAUGUUCUGGCCUGCCAGAGAAAUUCCAACAACUGGAUGCUUUUUAGCAGUAGAGAGGCAAAUGCUGAGAAAGAAAGUAAAUUCCCCGCAUUCAAGGAAAUCAUUGAGGAAUUUGAGCAGACCGUUAGGAAUGCUGGCGGAAUCCCACUCAUUGCCGCAGGCGUUUCUGAGACUUCGGGGGAUGAUGCCACCAUCCAAACAUAUUCCGAGGUAACGUGGCCAUAUCACCCUCUAAACAUUGCGAAUUCCCAGCGAGGUGUUCAGCUAGGUGUUCCUAUCGCUCCACAGCAGAGCCGGAUGGCCUUUGCAACCGAUCAGAACCGCCACGUCCCAAGCACUGAGUCCAUCUCUCAAGCCUUGUCUCGUGAAGGAUGGUUAGGUGAUCACCCCCCUCCAUGA